UUGAUUUAUAUUAUCAAUGCGCGAUCAUCUAAAAAGGUCUAGGGUGACCAUGAAAAAGCAUAUUCCUCAAAUGAAUGGGAUUAGUUGUUGGUGAAUCCGAGAAGUGAUGGCUUUGUCGAUUGAUCUUUUGAGUUGAAUUGUGGAACACACUACAUACGUUGUCUCCGAGGGUUUCUUCGCGUCGUGUGUGCUGUGCAACGGUUUUAAUUGAGUAAUAACCCGCAGCAAAUUGAAUAAAUCUACCAUGGAAAUCGUGCCUUGAAGGAGUUGCAGAAAUACAAACGGAGACCUGUUACACGGUUACACAGUCAGAAGAAAUUUAAAGGUCAACUCAACUCUAACGUUCAAUUGGUUUAGUGACUUAUUGUUGAUCUGUGAUGAAUCUCUAAGGUAACUUAGUUACAGUGUCGGAAAGACACCCGAUAGGCUAGGAAGAAAGGUUUCAAUGCUGUAAUACGUACCUAUAUGUGGAUGCAGUUUAGUAUUAGGCCUGUAACUUAACAUUGUGACUGAUAAAAUACCAAGAAUUAAAGCUUAUGAAGAUAACGCGCGGUGAUCGUUUGAAGAAUCUACCAGAGUUAAGCAACAAGUUCUUAGCGGAAACGAAGAUAACGAAAGAAAGUGAAAGACGGAAACAACCAUACUGGAAUCGCUGAACCCGUGAAGUUCAGUGAUGGAAACCCGUAAUUGUAGCGACUAGGAAAAAAAGAACUCCUACCCUUUGUGUUGCAUAAAUCGAUAAUUGAACUCAGUGGCGUUGCGGAAGUAUAAUAAUUGCAGGAUUGAGAAGAAAGUGAUAGUUGGAGAAGUGACGAAUGAAGAAAUAAUCAAAGAAUCAUCGACAGCUGAGUAAUCUUCGAUUGGUGGUGCAGUGGCAGCGCACCCGUUUCGUAAAAUUCGGAUAAAUUUUGGAUAAGCGUAAAAACACAUGUAAUGAUGGGUGCCCUAGGGCUCCGGUUUUGGUGGUCAUGCCACCAGAUAUUGGUGCUAGCUCUGAUAAUGGAACCGGUGGUCUGCAAUCAUGCUCAACAGCACAAUGCGUCAAACUCAAAAGACUGCUCGACCUUGAAUCCAGCGUGUAUCCGGUGCAACGAACGCGGCUGCGUCAAGUGCUCCGAAUUGCUGCGGAUCGAUACUCGUGAAUGUCUAGAUGAUUGUCCCAGUGGUUACGUGGGACAGUGGUCGACAUCGUCGGAAUUCAUGGGCCGCGUAUGCUAUCCGGUGGGAUUGUCUGGAUCCUUCAUGGCUACCGUGGUUGGCAUAGCUGUUGGGGCCGUGGUUUGUCUGGUGCUCAUAGUUGGAGCCAUGGCCGUAAUAAGACGGAAGCAGAAGCGCAAAAAGUACCGCGAAACCUUCAUCGAUGACAAUAUUGACCGGUUGGAAUUCUACAAACAGCUAGAUGAGCUGAGACCUCAAGCGGAGUAUUUUUUGCAGAUGUUAAACGACACUAGGCGGCAAAUCAGAAAGCUUCAUCUAGCGGGUGACAGCUCAGGGGCUGCCACCUAUCAUCCGGUAGUCCGGGACCUAGCUAAAAUCCUAAUACUGCUCAACAAACCGGUCGAGCUCAUCAGUUGUCCUCCUCACGAUUGGCAACGUUUGUACGUGUGGGCAGAAAAAGUCCUCGAUCGCUAUAAACCCGAACUGACCCAGUUGAUCGAGUUCCUCCAGCAGCCAUCGAUACCGCCAUCGACCUCGGAUCCCCGACUCGGGACCAGUGAACAUUCCACCUUCAAGGCCAAGUUCAGCACCAUGCUGUGUGAUGAUCAUUCGCCUACGCUCAGUGCCAAAAACCAGCGCAACUUGCUGCAACCGGAAUCGGCAAGUCUCGGAGGCCAUCAGGAGCCGCAGAACCAGCAGAAUCAUUUUCUGGGUUCUCUGAUCAGUCUACACGAAUUUGAUGAGCGAUCGAGUUCAUCGCACCACGAUACCAGUGGCAAUAGCAGUAAUCCCUUCGGGGAUACCUUCGAUCACGUCCGGUCGUACCUUUCGACGUCGGGGAUCAACGAUAGUUCCCUCUGGUUGCAGGACGAAUUUUUCAAACUCGGGUUUCGACCGCAGGACGAAAUUACCACCGAGCUCUGAAUGACGAAUCGUGUUCCCCGGGUUGGGACGAUCUAUACAUAGUCUUUACGUUUUGAUGUACCUAUUGUAAAUAGACAAGUAUUGACUUCAGCGUACGAUAUAAUAUAUCCCCGUUGCAAAUGAUUCAAUCACACGAAACUAGUCAAAGUAAAAAAUACAUAGUUGUAAUGUGUUUUGUUCAGUAUAUUGAGCUUCCCAGUUUAUUUUUGGUGGUUAGUGAAGCAAUUGUAUCAUACCAGUAAAGUAUGCCGGAAAAUUGCGGACGCUUUGUAAAAUAUUCCAAACCACCUAGUGAGAAACAGUAGUUUAUACCAUUUAUUUUACGAUAGUAAUAAUCUAUUUAACGGACAAUUUUCUUGAUGAUAAGAGUCUAAAACGAACCUUACCUUCCAUAAGUGCAAAUCUGUACCGAAACAGACAACUAUAAGACAUCGAAUCAAUAAAU